CUUUGCCUUUCCCUUAUGUUACAGUUGGCCAAAGCUGGUUCCUUUUCUGAAUCAUUUUCUGUUUAUAAUAUGUUGCGAUACAGCAAUAGAAACGUUUGCAAAUCCCUUCAUGAGACAAUGCUAAAUAUAUUAGUUGAAGCAGGUCUCCUGAAAGAUGCUUACGUCGUAGUGAAGGAUAACAUGGAGAUGAUAUCUACGCCAUCUUUUGAGAAAUUUGCUGCAUCAUUUAUGAAAUCUGGCAACAUCAAUUUGAUUAAUGAUGUUGUAAAAGCUUUCCACUGUCUUGGGCACAAUGUGGACGCAGAGAUAUUCCGUGUAGCCAUUUCACGUUACAUCGGAAAACCUGAAAAGAAAGGGCUUCUUUUAUCCCUGCUGAAAUGGAUGCAAACACAUGGUUAUGUGGUGGAUUCAUCAUCUAGGAACUUGCUUCUGAAAAAUUCUCAUCUUUUUGGUCAGAAACAGGUUAUAGCAGAAAUCUUAUCUAAGCAGUAUGUGUUACGAUACAAAGAAGCCUGCAAAGAGAGUACUUUUGAAGGGAGUAAGUAUUUUCGUUUGGUGUUGCUCCACAUUUUGUUUGUAUAGAAAUCCCUUAACUGAGGAAAGAAAGGUUGGAUUGAACUUCCUUCUUUAGCUGACUUUUUUCUUCUUCUUUGCAUAAACUGAUCAGUUAUGAACGUCUAGAUCUGAUUGUAAUGGAGCGUUUAAUUCCUUAAAGAUUUAAGAAGAUUGAUCAUAAAAUUAAUGA